ACCUUCUCACCUGCUCUUUCCUACUCUUCUUCUUCUUCUUCUCUCUCUAUAUAUCUUAGAGCCUUUGAUAUUAGUCACCUUACUUAAACAUGCCAAACGUAAAAAGAAUCAAUUCUGGUUUCAAUUGAUGUCUAAUAGUCUUCUUUCUUUUCUCAUUUCUUCCUUUAUUCUUUGUACUGUAGACAAAGCCUACUGCUCCAGAGCUGUAUGGGUGGCCACUACUUGCUGUCACCCACGCCCUUGAGUGGAUUCCAAUGGUCACUGAUAAAGUUGCCCGAGAUGCCCUAUUGUUCUCGCUGCGUGGCCGCGCAUUCUCGGAAAUGCCCAAUACACUCGCCAUUCACUCAAAAUAUCUUUGUAACUCUGAUAUCUCAGCCACAUCAAUCAACAUUGCUCUUGAUGAAUCCCAACGAAGCAUAUCCCCCUUUCUCUCCUUCUGGGACUAUCACGAUGCUUACAGGUCACACAAGACAACACCCUUUGAGGUAGCCAAACUACUAAUCGCUAAGCUAAAAGAAACCAAUCAAAGCCAUUGGAUUCGAAAUUUUGAUGAGGAUAGCAUUCUUACUCAAGCAAAAGAAUCGACCGAUCGUUACAAUCGCGGUGAAAGUCUGGGUCAAUUGGAUGGUGUGUUUGUCUCGAUUAAGGAAGAAAUGUCCAUCAAAGGCUUCGAGACCAAGUGUGGCACCAAUUUUAUCCACGACGGAGAACCUGCUGAAGAAGACUCAACCGUGGUCAAGAGACUACGUGCAGCAGGUGCAAUUGUGGGGUGCCAGGCUGUUAUGAACGAACUUGGAUGGGAUACUUUCUCCGUGAAUCCCUUCACCGGCACCCCCAAGAAUCCAUAUAUAUCCAACCACUCUUGUGGUGGGUCUAGUGGAGGUUCAGGUGGAAGUGUGGCAAGUGGUUUGUUUCCAAUUAGUAUCGGAGCCGAUGGCGGUGGAUCCAUUAGAAUUCCUUCAUCUUUCUGUGGUGUCUAUGGCCUUAAACCGACCUGUGGCCGAGUAUCUGCUCAUGGUGGAGAGCCUGUUGAUCCUACUCUGGGGGUAUUCGGACCUCUAGCAGCAACUGCAGACGAUUUGGCUCUUACUUAUACAAUCAUUGCCGGACCAGAUCCUAAUGAUCCUCUUUCACUUCACCAACCUCCCGUAUCACUUAAGGACUAUGAUCUCACUGAGACCUUGGCUGGUGUCCGGAUUGGAAUCUUACCUGACUGGCACAGCGACAAUUCUGAUGAAAUUUUCAAUGAGCGCAUAGAGCAGGUAAAAGCUCACUUGAAACAAUUGGGAGCAACAAUUGUCACCACAAGCUUACCCGACAUCGACCUGGUCGGUGUUGCUCACAGUAUCACGAUUUGCUCUGAAAUGAGCAGUUACGCCAGUAGCCACACAGACACGACCAGCAGAUUCUUACCUCAUACGCGUCUGAUGAUGAGUGUCUCGAAGCGACUCCAGGGCUCGGACUAUGUCAAGGCUCAACAGAUCCGCACUCGGCUCAUGGAUCAGCUCCAUGAACUAUUCUCUGGACCAAUGGAUCUUAUUCUAACGCCCACUACUGGAUCCCAGUCCCCUGCUAUCCCUCCACAAGCAGCUGCAUAUGGUAUGAGCCAUGCCACCUGGACCUUCCGUGCCAUGCAAUAUGUAACCCUGGCCAACCUUACCGGCAUCCCGGCCCUUAAUGUUCCCGCAGGCUUUCACAACGGACUCCCAGUCGGUUUGCAGUUCAUGGCUAGUUGGUGGAACGAAGCACUUCUCCUUCGUAUUGCCAAGAUCAUUGAACGCAUGCCAGGUCUCGAAAAGAAGACGGCAGAUAGUUAUAUCGAUUGUCUAACCACAGCCUAAAACAGACUACAAUUUCUUGGAUAUUUAAUUCUGGUAGGAGUAAAUAAAAUGUCAUCCGUUUUUGAGCCAGGUUUUGUCCUAU